AUGGCUGCUGCUGUCCAGACUGCUCCUGGCCUUGCCACAAAUCAAGGCAUUGAAGCUCUUUCUCAGCCUUCAAAGCCUGCAAAGCACGAUGUUGCGUACGACAUGAUGUACUUUGCGCUUGAAAAAACACCGCCCCCUUACUAUAUGGGUCGCCCAGGCACUGUUCUCGGACCCAUGACGACUAUGCCUGUUAUUGUUCAUGAUAUUUCCGGUGAAACGGAGAAAUAUACUCUUGACACUCAUGGCUUCCAGUUUGUCAAGCAUGAAAGCAAGGAGAAGGAUUUCUUCGACGUAGAGAAGAUCAAGGCGGAAUACUAUCCUGAAACUGAAGAGCUAGUAAAGAAGGUUACGGGGGCGACCCGUACGUUUGUUUUCAAUCACGCGAUUCGCCGUCAACCCGUUGAGGCGGCCGAUGGAAGUGUGCCUGGGCGUGGUCCAACAUACAACGCUCACAUCGAUCAGUCUUACGCCGACGCUCCGAAUCGAGUUAGAAGAUAUUUCCCGGAAGAGGCGGAAGAGCUUAUCAAAAAGCGGUACCAGAUCAUCAAUGUAUGGCGUCCCAUCAAGACCAUCCUGAGAGACCCUUUUGCUGUCUGCGAUGCCCGUUCCGUGGAUGACAAGGAUCUCAUCCCGGUUACCAUGAUCUAUCCCAACGCUAUCGACGAGAAAGUCGCCUGCAAGAAGAACCCAAACCACAUGUGGUACUAUAAGUAUGCCCAACGCCCUGACGAGCCGAUGCUGUUCAAGAACUUUGAUUCUGUUACCGAUGGCCGCGCCAGGAGGAACCCUCACUCUGCAUUUCAGGACCCUGCUCAUAAGGAUGACUACAUGCGAGAGAGUAUCGAAGUGCGCGUGUUGGCGUUCUUCGACGAGUAG